AUGAAAUAUACGGAUGAAGAUCUGAUAAGGUGUUUAAUGAAAUUCAUUCGUGGAAUGCCUAUCGAAUACCAUGAUAUUCCGUAUAUAGACUUAUACGGUAACAAAGAGCCAGCUGAAUUAUUUCAAAAUUCAGGUAAUAAUCAUGCAAACUAUUUCUUUACUCAGUUAAAGAGAAAAACGAUCAAGGGUAAAAACUUCAACAGAUCAAUUGUUGGAGGUCGCAAAUGGAAAGGACGAGACAAUAGUAAAGAAAUUUUGGACAAGGAAAGAUCAAGGAUUGGGUACAAGAAAACUUUUCGUUUUGAUGAAGAAAGUAGCAUUGAAGAUAAAGAAAGCGUAUACUGGAUUGUGAAAGAAUAUUGUCUUGAUAAAACUACAAUGGAUGUACUAAGAGAACGCGGCGAAAUCAGACAUGAAGACUAUGUUGUGUGUUUCAUUACAAAGAAAGUUAAUUUAGGUAAAAAUCAUCAAGAUAUUCCUAUAACAACCGAGAAUAUAGUUCCUGAUUGUGUCUCAAAUUCGUUGAGAGAUCAUGAUGGAUGGUUAUAUGCUGCAAAAAUUUGGCAGCUACCAUCAUUGGAUGAACCGUUUAAAGUCUUGACUGAUGAAGAAUUGGAUUACUUUGAUACGCCUGAUGCUGAAUAUCCACACGCAUAUAUAUGA